GGUGUGAGAGACAUCGGUGUGGACGAUGGCUUCCCAGAUUGUUUGUGGACUGAUCUUCAGACUGCUUUUGCCAGUCUGUCUGGCAGCAGCGUGUCUGUUUAGGUACAAUGGACUAUCCCUCGUCUACCUCAUCUAUCUUCUACUCCUCCCCCUCUUUCCUGAACCCACAAGCAUAACGAUGCAAGGGCACACGGGACACCUGCUGAAGUCUCUUUGCUUUACCAGUAUGAGUUUCAUCCUGAUUCACAUCAUCUAUCAAAUCACAGUGAACAGUCUGCUGGCUGCAGGCACCGUCAGAUCUGACUUCAACUGUUCGAUGUGGGAGAAGUCAAUACGACAGAUUGGUUUUGAAAGUGUUAUUGGAGCAGAUGCGGGGAAUGGUAUACGAGUGUUUAUCCCAGAUAUUGGCAUGUUCAUGGCAGGACUAGGCUCAUGGCUAGUCUGCCGCAACCUGGUGCAGAAGAAGCCCACAGAGGAAAUGGCCCAGUAUAAUGAAGACUUUGAGGGAGAGGAACAGGAGGACGAAAAUGAAGAGAAGUUAGAAACCAAUGAAGAGAUGCUCUUUGAUGAAGAUUUUGAUGCUGAAGAUGAAGCGGAAGAUGAUGAUGUUGAUCUGGAUGAGGAGGAGGAGGAGGAGGAAGAGGAAGUGGUGGAAAGCACAAAGAUGAAGGUUCUGCGGAUCGUCGCAGGAGUGGCAGCCAAAGUGAAAGAGAUAAUAGGCAACCUCAUCACCACAGCAGGGAAAGUAGUGGUGACCAUUCUAUUGGGCUUGACCGGGAUCAUGCUGCCCUCUCUGACCUCUGCGGUGUAUUUCUUUACGUUCCUGGGCCUGUGUACGUGGUGGUCGUUCUGUCAGACCUUUGACACGCUCUUAUUCAGCUGCAUGUGCGUCCUCAUGGCUAUCUUCAGCGCCGGACAUCUCAUUGUUCUUUACCUCUACCAGUUCCAGUUCUUCCAGGAGAGCUACGAGGACAAAUACACCAGUCUGUUUGGCAUCACUUCCAUUGUUCAGACGAAUUGCACAUGCACCUGGAAGUUUAUUGUUAACCCUGAACGCAACUGGCACCAUUUUGUCAAUCCCAUCAUGCUCCUGGUGCUGUACUAUACGCUGGCUACUCUGAUUCGCCUAUGGCUGCAGGACCCUAUGAUUACAAGAGAAGAGGAGGAAGAGGCGAAUGACGCAGACGCGACCACAGGAAACAAAGCCAUACCUUCAGCAGACCUAAAGAGACUACUUUGGUGGAGGAAAUCUCAGAAGACAGAGGAGAGAAAUCUCAUCUCCACUCAGGAUGGCUUCAGCACCUCUGAGGCAUUAGCUGUCACCUCCAAUGGGACUUCCUUUGACUAUGUUCCCACCCUCAACUCUGAGAAUGGAUUGGCCAAGGUGGACUUGUACUCCACCCCCCUGUACAAAGUGGAUCAACCCAGUGAAGUUGUGGAGAAGAAGGACUGUAGUGUAUAUGAGGUGGUUGACAUACAGGAAGAGGACGGAGAAGGAGAGAAGACGGAAGAAGAAGAAGAGCAACAGGCAAAGCCCAAUGCCCUCGUCACCGUGUUCAAAUUCAUCAUGAAACAGAGCUACAUCUGUGCUCUCAUAGCCAUGAUGGCCUGGAGCAUCACUUAUGUGAGCUGGCUGACCUUUGUGUUUCUGCUCUGGUCCUGUACUCUGUGGAUGGUGCGAGACCGUCGCAAGUAUGCUAUGCUAACCUCGCCCUUCAUGGUGGCUUAUGGUAACCUGCUCCUGGUCCUCCAGUACAUUUGGAGCUUUGAGGUGCUGGAAGAAGUGCCGGAUGUGUUUUUGCAUCCGGAGGUGCCCUUCAGCGACCUUGCUUCCAAGGUCCUUUGUAUGCUGAGUUUUUGGUUGCUAUUGCGCCAGACCUUGACUGAGAGGCAGGAAAAAUUACAGGAGGAAGCAGCACUUUCUGAUGUCAGAGUUGAUGUUCCAAAAAAGGAGGAUGAAAAAGAUGAAGAGGAGGGCGAGGAGAGCGGCAUCAUGCAAGUGUUGGGUAACAUGGUCAUGGCUUUGCUGGUCAAAUACUGGAUUUACAUCUGUGGAGGGAUGUUCUUCUUCGUCAGCUUCGAGGGACGCAUUGUUAUGUACAAAAUCAUUUACAUGAUGCUCCUCCUGUUCUGUGUGGUGCUUUAUCAGGUGCAUUAUGAUUGGUGGAGGAAGAUCCUGAAGUAUUUCUGGAUGUCUGUGGUGGUUUACACCAUGCUGGUCCUCAUUCUUGUCUACACCUUCCAGCUUAAGAACUCCAUAGGCUUCUUGUCCAACAUUACUGAUCACGAUGAAAAAAAGCUGGAGGACCUCGGCCUUCAGAAAUAUAAUGUUGCAGAACUCUUCACCAGAAUCUUCAUCCCCACCUCCUUUUUACUGGUGUGCAUUCUGCACCUGCAUUACUUCCACGAACGCUUCCUUCAGCUCACUGACCUCAGCUCUGUGGUCACUAAACAGGACAGCACUGUAUACAGCAUCAAGCAAAAAAUACCCUCUUCACAGAGCAAACUUGCUCAUCCAGAUGGGAGUUUGGCAGACUUGACGAUAAUGAGCUCCUCUCCUGACCCGUUAUUGAAUGAGGAGAAAGAAAAUGAGAAAGAAAAGGAGGUUCUGAUGGUGGAAUGUAUGGAGGAAGUAAAACAGAGGGAGUCAAUUACGCACCUAUCCAGUCAGGAGGAGGAGAGUCGUCACUGCAGCAUAGCCACUGAAACUGAGAUGCCCUCUGAACAGAGCUCUGAUUUGAAGAAUAAGUGGCACCUGGUUGUGGACCGUCUAACAGUUCUUUUCCUGAAAUUUCUGGAAUAUUUCCACAAACUGCAGCUUUUCAUCUGGUGGCUGCUGGAGAUACACAUCAUCAAGAUUGUCUGCACUUACAUCAUCCUGAUGUGUCUGAAAGAGGUGUCCCUGUUCAACAGUGUGUUUUUGAUAUCGUGGACCUUCGCCCUCCCAUAUAGCCAAUUUCGUCCCUUAGCCUCCAACAUCUGCUCGGUCUGGACGUGUGUCAUCAUCGUCUGUAAAAUGUUGUAUCAGCUGGAAAGCAUUGAUCCUAAGUCAUACUCCAAAAAUUGCACCAUGCCUCAGAACUAUUCUGUGGAUGAGGAGAAAGAGAUGAGAACAUCUCUGCUGUACGAAAAGCCAGUAGACCCUGCUAACUGGGUGGGCCUCGAGAAGGACCCUGCACUGCUGCCAUACCUGAGGAACAACCUGCUCAUGCUGGCUAUCUUAGCAUUUGAGGUGACCAUCUACCGGCACCAGCAAUACUAUCGUGUGAGGAACAAACUCUCCCCUCCCCCUUCCAGGACCAUCUUCCAUGACAUUACGCGACAACACCUUGACAACGGCAUCAUCAACUGUCUGAAGUAUUUCAUCAACUAUUUCUUCUACAAGUUUGGUUUAGAGGUGUGUUUCCUGCUGGCGGUGAAUGUGAUGGGUCAGCGUAUGGACUUCUACUCCAUGCUCCAUGGCUUGGCACUUAUUGCAGUCAUGUAUCGGCGCAGGAGAAAAGCCAUUGCGGAGAUCUGGCCCAAAUACUGCUGCUUCCUCUCCUGUAUGAUCACUUUUCAGUACUUCGUGUGUAUUGGUAUCCCUCCAGCAGCAUGCAAAGACUACCCUUGGAGGUUCCCGAACUCCUCAACAGAUUCAAAUGUUGUUAAAUGGCUCUACCUCCCUGACUUUACCACCAGACCCAACCCCAUGUUCCUUGGCUAUGAUUUCAUGCUGUUGCUGUGUGCAUCACUUCAGAGGCAGGUCUUUGAUGAGGAGAAUAAAGCAGCUGUGCGUCUAAUGGCUGGUGACAACGUGGAGAUCUGCAGAGACCUGGAUGCUGCUUCCUUCAGUCUGCACAACCCCGUCCCAGACUUUAUCCAUUGCAGGUCGUACCUGGACAUGUUGAAAGUAAUCAUGUUCAGCUACCUGUUCUGGUUUGUCCUUACCAUCAUUUUCAUCACGGGCACCACGCGGAUCAGCGUUUUCUGCAUGGGUUACCUGGUCGCCUGUUUCUACUUCCUUUUGUUUGGGGGUGACCUCCUACUCAAGCCAAUCAAAAAGAUUCUGCAUUAUUGGGACUUCCUCAUUGCUUAUAAUGUGUUUGUCAUCACCAUGAAGAAUGUACUCUCUAUUUUGGCUUGUGGUUAUGUCAAGUCACUGAUGAACAACCAGUGUUGGAUGAUCCAACUGCUUAGUUUGGCCUGUACCAUAAAAGAGUAUAGGUUUGAAGAUCUCCCUACCAGUGAAUGUGAAGUUCCAAGUGGAGAGGCAGGGAUUAUCUGGGACAGUAUCUGUUUCGCCUUCCUUCUGCUGCAGAGACGGGUCUUCAUGAGUUACUACUUCUUGCACGUGGUGGCUGAUAUUCGUGCUGCACAGAUAUUGGCAUCCCGAGGAGCAGAACUCUUCCAAGCCACUGUAGUGAAGGCAGUGAGAGCUCGCCUGGAGGAGGAGAACAAGUCCAUGGAGCAGCUUAAGAGACAAAUGGACCGGAUUAAGAAUCGACAGCAGAAGUUUAAGAGAGGCAAAGAGAAGAUGCUGAGCUUGGCACAGGGGUCUGGAGAUGGAGAGAACCUCAUCAAACCCGAUGAGGAUGAGGAGAAUGACGGAGCAGAGAGAGAGAAAGCCAAGGCCAAUAAAAAGCAGUGGUGGAGGCCUUGGGUUGACCAUGCUUCCAUGGUAAGAAGUGGGGAUUAUUACCUGUUUGAGACGGACAGUGAGGAAGAGGAGGAAGAGGAAGAGAAAAAAGACGAAGAACCACCCAAAAAGUCAGCAUUUCAGCGAGCAAUGGGAAAGUUUGCCUCAGCUCUCCUGGCUUUGCCCAGGUCGAUCAUUAAACUGCCCAAAACUAUACUGCAGUAUAUAAUCAGGGCAGCCAAGUUUGUGUAUCAUGCAUGGAUCACAAACUCCAAAACAUUCCUGAAAGAGAGAGGCAAAGAGAAACGUCAGUUUUGGAAGAGAUAUACCAGAGGAGGGAAGCACAGAAAAGACAAGAAAAAAGGUCAUGUGGCAAUAGAGGUGGGUGAGGAUGAACAGAGUGGAGAGGAGGAAAAGAAGGAGGCGCCAGAUAACAUCAUUAAGAGGAUCUUCAAUAUCAUCAAAUUCACCUGGGCUCUGUUUCUGACCACUCUGGAUAGUCUGACUGCAUGGAUGAACUCAGUGUGCAGAGAGUAUAUCGACAUUUCCACUGUGCUGCGCAUAGAGCGCUGCAUGCUCACCCGAGAGGUCAAGAAGGGUAACGUUCCCUCGCGGGAGAGCAUCCGCGUGUACUAUGAGAAACAGAUGCGCAUGAACCUGUCACGAGAGUCCGGACUGGACCGGAUCAGCGAGGAGGACUCCAUAUCAGGGUCACACAGGUUCCGCCGCCGCCGAGGAGGCUACCGGAUGGAGAGUCAGGAUUCCAUGGCGUCUAGAGAUAGCAUAUCGAGCGCCUACACAGACGCCACAAUGCUCUUUUCCCGGCAGUCCACUCUGGACGACCUGGACGGAAUGUCAGAGAACAUUCCUAAAACCAGUGAGCGUGCCCGGCCUAAGCUACGUAAAAUGUAUGGUUUGGACAUGUCCAACUCAUCUGCAGACAGCGGAAGCAGUGCCAUAUCCAGUGAGGCCACGCAGUGCAUCACCCUGUACUCGAGGCAGGGCACCAAUGACACCAUAGAGGAGGUGGAGGACGAGCAGGACCAGGGAGGAGAGGGGGAGAGCGCAGCCCAUAAACGCAGAUUUGAGAAGCUCAAAGGGGCAGAUGAGACGGAGGGCCCUUCUUUGGGAACGGAAGAACAAACCGAUGAGGGCGAUGACACGCAGGAUGGUCCGUGGGAGAGCAUGGAGCAGACGGAGGGAGAACUUUGUGGGGCGGAUGAAGAGGACAGCGGUCUAAAAGGCCUCAGAGACGAGGGAGGGUCAUCGGGCCCCGAGUGCGCGCACGCCGGAGAGGACGGGGGACAGCUGUUCACCCCGGACACGGACGCCCCGAACACCUCGGACGCGGAGGUGCCGCCCAGCUACAGCAAGGCGGUCAGCUUCGACCGGCUGUCCGUCAGCACGGACGGGAGCGACGAAGACGAAAAGAGGCUGAUGGUCAUGACGCCCGACAGCCGAUCGGACCUGGACGACUCGCUCCUGCCUUCGCUGGCUAACGAGCUGACGGCCAGCGAGCUGCUUCUCAACAAGAUGUUUUACGACGAAGAGCUGGAGAGCUCGGAGAAGUUUUAUAAGUCUCAGCCGCAGUUGCUCCAGCUAUGCUAUGCGCUCUACAACAUGUUGGUGGCCCACUCAGAGAUGGUCUGUUACCUGGUCAUCAUCAUCAACCACAUGAUCUCGGCCUCCGUGAUUACCCUGGUGCUGCCCGUGCUCAUCUUCCUCUGGGCCAUGCUGUCUGUGCCACGACCUAGUAAACGCUUUUGGAUGACCGCUAUAGUCUACACUGAGGUCACUAUCGUCAUCAAGUACUUCUUCCAGUUUGGCUUUUUUCCUUUUAACCAAAACUUGAAUCUUUACAAGAACAAGCCCUACUACCCUCCAAACAUUUUAGGUGUUGAGAAGAAAGAAGGUUAUGUUCACUACGACCUGGUCCAACUUCUGGCCUUGUUCUUUCACAGGUCAAUUCUUAAGUGUCAUGGGUUGUGGGAUGAAGAUGACCCUAAAGAAAAGUCCAGGGACGCCUCUCUUCAUCGAGACGACACCGUGGACGAGGAGAAAAUGGCCGUGGCAAUUCCACCGGACGAGGAUAAAAAAAGCUCCCCCUACUCUCUCAAAUCCAUCUUCUUUGGAACCUCCACUGACUCCGCUCAGGUGCGCUUUCCCGAGCAGCGCACUUACCAGCGACGAAAGAGCUCCAGCGGUGGCUCGCAUCUCUCCCGUAGGUCAUCUGUUCGCUCCAAAAGAGCCAGCACAAGCACAAGGAACAGCAUUCGCCGAGAUGGGAGCGAGCCAGAGGUCCAGCCGAAGAGCCGUAAAGAGAUGAUCAUGGAAAAGUUAUGGGAACAGCUGAUCAAAGCCAAGGUUUUCAUUUUUAAGAAAGCUAUGGAGAUUUACCUUCCCAUCCGUCAGUUUUUCUACAAUCUGAUCCACCCAGAAUACAGUGCAGUCACUGAUGUCUAUGUUCUCAUGUUCCUGGCUGACACAGUUGACUUCAUCAUCAUUGUCUUUGGUUUCUGGGCAUUUGGGAAACAUCAGGGAGGGGCAGACAUCACCUCUUCAUUGUCAGAAGACCAGGUUCCUGGAGCUUUUUUAGUCAUGGUUUUGAUACAGUUCAGUACCAUGGUGGUGGACCGGGCUUUGUACCUCCGUAAAACUGUGAUGGGAAAAGUGAUUUUUCAGGUCAUCUUGGUUUUCGGGAUUCAUUUCUGGAUGUUCUUCAUUUUGCCAGUCGUCACAGAGAGGCGUUUCAGUCAGAACAAGGUGGCACAAGUCUGGUACUUUGUCAAGUGUGUUUACUUUGGUUUGUCAGCCUAUCAGAUCCGCUGUGGCUAUCCCACUAGAGUUUUGGGCAAUUUCCUCACUAAGAGCUACAAUUACGUCAACCUGUUCCUCUUCCAGGGAUUCCGGCUGGUGCCAUUCCUGACUGAGUUACGUGCUGUGAUGGACUGGGUGUGGACUGACACGUCUCUAAGUUUGUCAAGCUGGAUCUGUGUGGAGGACAUAUACGCUCAGAUUUUUGUGCUCAAAUGCUGGAGAGAGUCUGAAAAGCGUUUUCCACAGCCGCGAGGGCAGAAGAAAAAGAAGGUGGUGAAAUACGGAAUGGGUGGCAUGAUCGUGGUUCUCCUCAUCUGCAUCGUCUGGUUCCCUCUGCUCUUCAUGUCUCUCGUCAAAUCAGUGGCUGGGGUGGUCAACAAACCGCUGGACGUGUCCAUCCGUAUCACGCUUGGAGGUUUCGAGCCAAUUUUCAUAAUGAGUGCCCAGCAGGACCAUCUUGAUGAUUUGAGCCCAAAAGAGUUUAAUGGUCUCAUGAAGGAGCACCCAGUAAGUGAUGCUGUGCAAUUCAUGGAGUCCUACACACAUGAGGAUGUGACUAAAGCAAAGAUGGACAAGAACUCCAACUCUCUGUGGACCAUCAGCCCACCCAGCAGAAAUACUCUAGUGAAGACGCUGGAAAGCCAUAACAUUACUCUCACCAUGAGUUGGUCAAUACAGAGAAAUCUCACUUUAGGAGCCAAAGCUGAGACUGCAUCAGAGAAGUACUCAUUAGAACUGCAUAAUGAGACCAGGGCUAAACUGAUUACCCUGCUUAACUAUACUGGAAAUAUGGACAACAAAGAGGAAUGUAAAAAAAAUGUUGUCAUUGAAGAUAUUUUCCCUAAAUACAUCCGUGCACCCAGUGACUCCAAUGCCAAACCCAUCGACCAGUUUUAUGGUGAAUACUUUAACCUCACCCUGUGUCUGGAGAACAAAAAGACCAACGGUAGUGUUCAGGAGUGGUGGAUGGUGAAGGAGAAUAAGACCUCAGGUCUGGAAUUCUAUGUAUUUAGUGAUCGAGUGAGUCCUCCCAGUCUGGGAUUCUUAGCAGGAUACGGCAUAAUGGGUCUGUAUGCUUCGGUGGUGCUGGUGAUUGGGAAGUUUGUGCGAGAAUUUUUCAGCGGCAUAUCCCACAAAAUCAUGUUUGAGGAACUUCCCAAUGUGGACCGUAUUCUCAAGCUGUGUACAGACAUCUUCUUGGUGAGAGAGACGGGAGAACUUGAUCUCGAGGAAGACUUGUACGCCAAGCUUAUUUUCCUCUACCGCUCACCAGAAACAAUGAUUAAAUGGACAAGGGAGAAAAAUCAGUGAAGAGAGACAUGUCUCUGGCACAGACACGGAGUACUUUUUUCACGGUCGCAACAAUGUGAAACAGGCAUAGAAAAGCAAGCGCUUGGA